AGUAUGGUUCUUAAUUUUUCAUGGGGGAAAAAAAUAAUUUACAUUUUUUUUAAUAAACCAUAUAAUCUGUACUGAGAUUGACGUCCCCUAAUUUCAUCCGGCUUCUCCCUGGUCUGCACUCAGAAAGAUUUGGAUGUUAAAAUGGACACAACCAUUUGCAGUAAUUGUUGGUUUCUCUUCCAUAUUUCAGCUCGAAAUAGAAAGGGUUUGUGUUUGAAACUAUGACCCAUGCUGAACUGUCAAAAGCCUAAAAAACAGCAAAGAAAAAUGUUGUGGUUCUUCAGCUCAGGUGUGUCGUUUGUAUUACUUUGGUGUCAGUCCAUGAAUGUGAAGAGGAAUCAAUUAAAAACAGGUUUUAUGUGUUUCCACCUUGAAUAUGAAAGUUGUAAAACUCAGUUUGAUGAGCACUGUGUGUAGGCGUCACAUCAUUGUUCUCCACUCUUCUCUGUUAUCAGCAUCAGGUCUGUGGAGAUAUAAAAGGUAACCCCGACAACCAUCCGGCAGAUCCAGAGACCAUGGAGAGAGCAAGCAUCUUUGUUCUGUGCGUCUGUCUGGGCGUUCUUUUACUGGACCACACUGAGGCAACAAAUACAACCACAGGCAGCUACUCAAACGUUACAGACACGACAGAGUCAGCAAAUGACACCCAACCCUCAGGUACCGCCGGGUCCACAGAGACCACGCCCCUGGUCAACCACAGCACUGGCCCGACAACCUCCGGCUUCCACAGCACCCAAGAUCCGCCUCCAGGCUCCUCUGUCUUCCCUUCAGGCUAUCCUCAAACAAACGCACCGACCUCAGAGCCGACCGGGACCUCCACAGUUGGGCAGGACGCUAGUACCUCAACACCCCCGGCAGCCUCCACGCCACCGGGCAGUUCCUCCUGCACGCCAGGAGGCUGCGGCCCAUUGCUGCUGUGCGCCGUCUGCAUGCUGCUGCUCUCCUGUAUGGACUGAAUCUGUGUGGCUGCAAAGUAAAGGAGAAAAAAAUCAAAAUUUCUGUUCAUUUUUUGGAAAAAAAAAUCAUAAAAAUUUAUUUGAAGCUUUCUGACAACAUGAAUGAUUGAAAACAGCUAAAUCGCCCGUCAGCGACACCAGCUAGCUUUCUAAUGUUAGCAGUUGUCGUUGGUCACAUCAGAUGUUCACCACAGCAUGAAGAAAUCUCCUACAAACUAUACAUUUUUUAAAAAAAGUCACAGGAGAUCAGACUGUGAACUCUUUAACACCAGAGCCUCAGCUGCAGCAAUGACGCUCUUUAAAUUACUGUAACUUAUUAACUAUUUAUGCUGCGCUUUCCAUUAAAGCCACUUUUCUCCACAGAUUUACGUUGAUCUCAUAAGUGGUCAAAGAGCGUGUUAUUUAGUUGUCGUCGGCAACAUCUUCGAUGUUAAAGAGUUAAUACCAGAGGUGUCGGCGGCGACAUGAAAUAAUACACAUUUUUUAAACUACUGUAAUUCUUUGAUGGUUUACGCCAGGGGUGCCCAAACUGAAGUGGGGCUGGGGACAGCUGAUAAAAGACAUGUAAAUAUCACAGGAUGAGUCUAAACUCAAACAUUUAAUGUUUUCCAGAAAGCCACACAUAACCAGAUUGGAGAAAAGAUUGCAGAAUAGUGGAAUACAUUCUAUGUGGGUCUCGAUCGCCCGGCCACAGUGAAAAAAAAAAAGAAAAAAACAAAAAACAUCAUGCAUUGCUGAUAGUGUUCAGGGGGCUGGGCCAAAUGUGGAGGCGGGCCGGCCGUAAGUGGAGAACCCUAGUUAAUUUAAUUCAAUUCCGAUGGGUUCUGAGGGGAGGAGAACAGCCGCUAAAAUGUAGCACUUUGCAGCGGUGAGGUUUCUGCGGAAUCAAAGUAAAUCAACUGGUUUUGAGAUGGAGAAAAACAGUUCUGUACCAAAAUGUAAAACUUUACAUCAGAAUCAGCCAAGAGGCUGCAGACAACAACAUGACCCCCGAAGAUCCAAAGUCCAAAAGCGGUUUACGCUUUUCCCCUAGAAAAACACAAGAACUGGGUUACAGUGAGGAUUACGGUUAGACUUAAGGAUUAGGAUAUGGGUAAUGAAUCUUCUAGUAUAGAUACGCAGACUUCAAGCUACAGCUGCAAUAUUUCUGCUUCCUGCAAAUGAUGAGUUUCAGGUUGUGUUUGGACGCCAUCUUUCCUGCAGGUCCUUCUGGAAUCCGCGGACUUACAUGAACUGUGUAAACAGUUGAAGAGUUACGAAAAGGUUUUAGAUAUUGCCAGAUAUUGCACUCUUCAAACUACCACUGCUACUUGACCGUUUACAAAAUUAGCCUAGUUCCAAUGGAUUCUCCGAUAUCGGUCCAAAGCUGCUUUCUCAGUUUCAGAAUCUGUUGUAGAGACUAUUUUUUUUGUUC